AUGGCCAGCGAGAAGGACCAGGUCUCAAAGACCAUCAACUCGGACACAGAGUCCCUCAGUGGCCCCGAGAAUGACCCUAUCACAGGAGAGAACAAGCUCGUGCGCCAACUUAAGAAUCGGCACAUUGCAAUGAUAAGUAUCGGAGGCGUCAUUGGCACAGGUCUCUUUCUGGGUACUGCAACUUCACUCCAAAAUGGCGGCCCCGUUGGUCUCCUCCUCGGCUACAUAACGAUGGGCACCAUUUGCUAUAGCGUCAUGAUCUCGUUGGGCGAGAUGAUCGCAUACCUUCCUAUACCCGGUGGCCAUAUCAAGUUGGCAGAACGUUUCGUGGAUCCUGCUCUUUCUUUCACCAUGGGAUGGAACUAUUGGUACAACUGGACGAUCAUCUUGCCUGCCGAACUCAGUGCUGCAGCAGUUCUCAUUGGAUACUGGGACCAAGACACGAAUCCGGCCGUUUGGAUUACAGUCUGCUUGGUUGUCGUAGUGUUUAUUAACAUGCUGGGAGCUGGUGCUUACGGAGAGGCCGAGUUCAUCUUUGCCUCCAUCAAAGUAAUUACAAUUGUAGGCCUCAUCAUCCUGGGUAUCGUUCUCGACCUCGGAGGUGGUCCCAACAAGGACCGGCUCGGUUUCCGCUACUGGAAGAACCCAGGACCUUUCGUUCAAUAUGCCGGCAUCGCAGGCGCCAAAGGCCGCUUCCUCGGUUGGUGGGCUGUCCUAACACAGGCCGCCUUCUCGUUUAUUGGAACGGAGAUUGUGGCUAUUGCUGCCGGAGAAGCGAAGAACCCGAGACGGAAUCUUCCACGAGCUAUUCGCAGGGUCUACAUUCGUAUCCUCCUCUUCUAUGUCGGUGGAACGGCCGUCAUUGGUCUCCUCGUCCCCUCAAACGACUCCCGCCUAGGUCUCACAGAGGGCAAGGGUACCGCUGCUGCGUCUCCCUUCGUCAUUGCUAUCGAACGUGCCGGCAUUAAGGCCCUCCCUUCGAUCACCAACGCUUGCUUCCUCACCUCAGCUUGGUCAGCAGCAUCAAGCGAUCUGUACACCAGCUCUCGCGCACUCUACGGCCUUGCCGCAUCUGGCAACGCGCCAAGAAUCUUCCUCCGCGCGUCCAAGAACGGCCUGCCCUACGUCUCCGUCAUCUUCAACUCGCUGUUCGCCUUCCUUGGGUACAUGGGCAUCAAGUCGGGCUCGGGCCGUGUGUUUGGGUGGUUCGCAAACAUGACUGCCAUCGCGGGUCUGAUGACCUGGGUCGGGAUCAGCAUCACAUACAUUCGGUUCUAUGCUGGCAUGAAGGCGCAAGGGUAUGAUAGGACGAGCCUGCCAUUCGCCUCGAAGCUGCAGCCAUACGCUGCUUGGUAUGCUCUGUUCGCAUGCUCACUCAUCUCAUUCCUGAGUGGAUGGUCCGUCUUCCUUAAGGGCCGAUGGGCAACCGAUACCUUCGUCACAAACUAUUUGCCCCUCGCUCUUUUCCCGGUCAUGUACAUCGGGGCCAAGUUCGUUUACAAGGAGCCAUACAAGAGGCCUCACGAGAUGGACUUCAUCACAAAUAUCAAGGAGAUUGAGGCUGAGACAUACGACGAGCCUCCCCCGAGAAAUAAGAUCGAGGCAUUCUGGCAAUGGCUGAUGUAA